GCGCAGCCUGAUACAAAAUCAUGGUAACAAAAUGGAAUUUGGUGGUAGUUUAGAAAGUUUCAUCAGGCAUGAGGUAACAGUAAUCGGUGGGAAUGAAUCGCCCAAUAAACUGUAUUUCGGGAGGAAUGAGUCGGGAGUGCCUGUCAAAGAUAUCGUUACACUUCUUGACAUAUUAGGACAACUUUCUGCAAAAGCUCAAAGGCUGCCUGGACCCGUGACUUCCUAUCAAAAGUUCCGUACCUCAAAUCAUAGGAUAUUCCUAUUAUCCAAUAUUCCUAAAAAGAUUGUUUUAGGUUUCCUUAAGAUCGGCAAGAAAAAGCUUUUUGUACAUGACAGAAAAGGGGCAUGUAUUGAGUGCGUGCCUUUAUGCGUUUUGGAUUUUUACAUACACGAAUCAUAUCAACGACAAGGAUGUGGCAAAAAGCUGUUCGACUUUAUGCUGCAGACUGAAGGUAUCAAACCAUCCAGUUUAGCGAUUGAUCUACCCUCUAAGAAAAUGAUUCAAUUUCUACACAAGCAUUAUCAUUUAAUUAAUCCAAUUUAUUCACCAAAUAAUUUUGUAAUUUAUUCAGAAUUUUUUAAUGAAAUUUUACGUGAUUCAAUGAAUACAAGAAGACAGUCAGUCAAUGUAAAUUCUAAGCUGACACCAAUUCGAAUCUGGGAUAGUAAAAAUACACUUAACAGCAAUAAUAAUAAGCAUAAUAACAAGUCAGAUAUUUCUUUAAAUGACAACAUUUUAAAUUGUCACCGUCCUUCAUCUAGUAAAACAAAUCGUUGCGCUGACAGUUCAAUGUCUAUUGAACAAACACUAUUGAAUAGUAAGAUAAACAACAAAGACAACAAUAAUGAUGAUUAUGCUCAGAGUACAGAAUUAAACAAUCGACAAGUAAAUCAACCGCACACUAAGAUAAAUGAAAUGCCAACUCAGUUAACCAUUAUACGAUCGAAGUGUUCAAAUGAUGAAAAGGAUUGUAAUCGAUCUUUCAAACAAAUUGAAGGCACUCAAUUAAGUGAGGGGGAUGACGGAAGAAAGUGUUUUGUUCAAAAUGACAUUGAAAAGACUAACAAAUGUGAUGUACAACAAAAAGUUAUUCAGAAUAAUGUAAAUAACCUGACAGUAUCAACGAAAUCAGAUUACUCUGUAUUAAACAGUUCAGGGGUAUGCAGUUAUCGUUCAUCGAAACUGCUGAAUCGAUCUAAAUCCAGCUACUCGUAUAUCAGCGCUGUACGUAAUCAUAAUUGUCAUACACGAUUGUGGUGAUUUGAUCUACUAAAAUGAAGCAAAGUUACUUCUUGAUGACGAAUUUUCUCAGUGAAUUAUGAAUGCUCAUCACACCAAGUGGUGUUCCUUUUCUCUCUCUCUCUCCAAUAAAUCGAUCAGGCGAAUGCUUGUAAAUACUGAGGUGGAAAUAAUUCUACUGGCAACAACAAUUUCUUCAAAUUUUUUAGAUGACUUUUUAUUCAAACUGCCCUUUGUCAAGAACACGUUUACACAGUGUGUAUGCAAUAUUCAUGAAGACGUUGAUCUUUCUGCUGAACAUACAUAUUUUUUAUUUUAUUCGAUGAGAAAGAUAAUUUGUCUGUCUAUUUUGCUUCUUUUUUCACCACCAUCUUUCCGCUACACUGUUGACUAAUUUUUCUGUGAUUCCAUCUGUUUGUUUGUUUUUUCUUGUAUUUUUCCGAUACUACUGAUAUCGCUACUCUUAGUAGUAUUAACAGAGAACUUGUUUGGUGAUAACGGAUUGAGUUCUGUGUGUGUGUGUGUGUGAGUUGGUGCAUGGAUGAAAAGGAUUUUGACGUUUAAAUGAAUACCGUGGUGUAAUUCUUUUUCAAUAUAUGCAUAUUUUUCUUGUGGAAAUGAUUGCGUGUUAUUACGUAACAUAACAUUAUGUACAUAUUGUUCUUUGUCGA